AAAACCUGUAUAGGCCGUUCAUUUUCUUACAAUGAAACAACAAUAAGAAGAAACGAGAAAAUAUUGAAACAAACAGACAAGAAAACAGAACGAUCCUUUUCAGAAUUACUUGGUGUGAAGGCUGAGUCGGUGUCCAUACUGUUGUUUUUAGGUAAUCUCAUCUGCCUUUGAUUGCACAUAGAUCAAAGUCAACAGUGUCACUCAGCAUUCACACAGCAUUUUCACAUUUCCUGGUCAGUUGGUGUAUGCCAACUACAGGCUGCUAUUGUUGCCUGGUUGGAGUGUUUGUUUACCUCCAUCCCAUCUGUCAUUCAUAAUUCCAUCGAUAAUUCAUUACGUUUUUGUGUUGUUUUUCAAGUGUUUCUAUGACAGCCUCUGAGCAAAGAUGCCUCGCUCUGUUGUCAAAUCCCAAGCGAGCAAGGAAAUAACCACGCCAUCUGGACCAGGGACCCCGCCUCCAGUGCAAGACCCGGAAUAUAUUGUUCCUGGUCGUUUAACUAAGGCCCAGUGGACAAAGGCGUUAAGACAAGAACAUACAGAUGACAUAGUGGGGGAGAUUGUGGAUGAUCUGCUGAACAAGGUCAUGGAAGGCUGUUUGAAGGCACACGUUAAAGGCCAGCUUGUACCGUAUUGUACGUCUUGGGCCCAAAGCUACUUCACACGGAUUUUAGAGCAACAAAUCAUGUGCCCAGAUGAAGGUGAAGAACCAGAGGAAGCACCUAAACCUGAAGACACAGAGCCUUUCCCAGCUCCUUGUGAUCCCUGGGCUCAAGGAAGUGUCCCUGUUGUCACCGCCACUCGCCAAGCUUACCUCAUGGUUUCACAACAGGAUGAAGGUGUUCAGGUCCCAGCACAAACAGAAACAACAGGCAACCAGCAAUGUAAUGGCAAGGGCCAAACAAACAUUUCUCCAAAGCGACCUGAUAAGGAAACCAGCCCUAAGAAGCCUGGCAGCGACAAACAUUGUAAUGGUAUAAGUCCUCGUCCCCCACCAACGACCAACCAAAGGAAAAAGCAGCUGGGAAGUUUAGUUCCCAGGCCUGUGCAAGGGAAAUUGCUGCCGGUUUUGUCCUAUUCAGCACGAAAAAAGGAAGCGGAAGUAGAAAGUAAAAAUAGAAUAUAUUUAGUUAGACCUAAGGUUGCUGAUAAUAACUACACAAAAGCCAAUCCCAGAAUAACAAAUGGAUUUUCCAAACUAGAAUCAAAGUUUACCAAGCCACAAACUGAGCGGACCAUGGCCACACUGCCACCAUUAACCAGCUCCAAGGAUUAGCCAGCAAAGUUUCAAAGU